CAUUUCGCAGACACGAUUCAAUCGGCUGUAGCAAAAUCAGAGCAGCGAUCGAUUGAAGAAUGUGGAAAAGAGCUGUGUGUUCGAUUCCUCGCAGGUUGUUUUCUUCUACACCAGAAGUCUCAUCGCUCUACUCCUUCCUCCAACCCUCCCUCUUCGCCCCAAAGCGAGCACCAUUUUCGCCAUCUCAAGAAUCCACCGACCUCCGUCAGAAUCAAACUCCUCAAAUUUUGACUACAGACCGUGUCGCCGCCGUAGAAACGACGCUCCACAACUCCCUUCUCACCAGCGACACUGACGAGGCAUGGAAAUCCUUCAAACUGCUCACGAAAAGCUCCGUUUUCCCAUGUAAGUCUCUCACUAAUUCACUUAUUGCCCACUUAUCCUCAAUCGGGGACGUUCAUAAUCUGAAAAGAGCCUUUGCAUCUGCGGUGUUUGUUAUUGAAAAGAAACCCGAAUUAUUGGAUUUUGGAUCUGUCAAAACCCUAUUAGCUUCUAUGAAAUGUGCCAACACUGCUGCCCCUGCUGUUUCUUUGAUUAAAUGCAUGUUGAAGAAUCGAUGUUUUGUGCCUUUUGAAUUCUGGGGCAAUGAACUUGUUAGUAUUUGCAGGCAGAGUGGUAGUUUGAUUCCCUUUUUAAGAGUGUUUGAAGAGAUUUGUAGGAUUGUUUUAAAUGAGAGGUUAUAUUCUAUGAAACCAGAUCUCAAUGCGUGUAAUGCAGCACUUGAGGGGUGUUGCCAUGAGCUUGAAUCUGUAACGGAUGCCGAGCACGUCGUUGAAACGAUGUCGCUUUUGAAUCUUCGACCUGACGAAGUGACUUUUGGUUCUCUUGCUUAUUUGUAUGCAUUGAAGGGGCUUGAACAGAAGAUAAUCGAGUUAAAACGUUUGAUGGGAAGUUUUGGUUUUGCAUCUAAGAGUCUGUUCUUUAAUAAUUUGGUAAGUGGAUACGGUAAUUCGGGCGACUUAGCUGCUGUUUCGAAGACUAUGUUGGAUGGUUUGAAAGAUGAAUGUGGAGAACAUGUAAGAUUUGAGGAAAAAACGUAUUUGGAAGUGGUUAAGGCUUUUGUUCAGAGUGGAAAUCUGAAGGAAUUAUCUUCAUUGAUUGUUGAUGCUCAGAAUUUAGAAUCUUCAACGGACGUCGAUGGAUCGAUUGGAUUCGGUAUCAUUAAUGCUUGUGUUAAUAUUGGAUGGUUAGAUAAUGUGCAUGCCAUUCUGAAAGAAAUCAAUUCCCAGGGAGUUUCUGUAGGCCUUGGAGUCUAUAUGCCAAUCCUGAAGGCGUACCAGAAGGAGCGUCGAACAGCUGAAGCCACCCAAUUAAUCAUGGAUGUUAGCAGUUCCGGGCUACAGUUGGAUGCAGAAACUUUUGAUGCUCUUAUAGAAGCAUCGAUGUCGAAUCAAGAUUUUCAGUCGGCUUUCGCUUUGUUCAGGAAAAUGAGGGAAACGAGAAAAUCCAACACGAACGCUAGCUAUCUAACUAUUAUGACUGGCUUAAUGGAGAGCCAUAGGCCUGAGUUGAUGGCUGCCUUCUUAGACGAAGUUGUCGAGGAUCCUCUCGUUGAAGUUGGAACUCAUGAUUGGAACUCUAUUAUACAUGCCUUUUGCAAAGCUGGAAGGCUCGAGGAUGCAAGAAGAACGUUUCGAAGAAUGAAGUUUCUGCAGUUUGAACCGAACGAACAAACGUUCUUGUCUCUAAUUAAUGGCUAUGUGUCGGGAGAGAGAUAUUUCUGUGUUUUGAUGCUGUGGAAUGAACUUAAGUGGAAGAUUACUGCAAAUGGGGAGAGAGGUUUCAAACUCGAUAGCAACUUGGUUGACGCGUUCUUGUAUGCUUUGGUCAAGGGAGGUUUCUUCGACGCCGUGAUGCAAGUUGUCGAAAAAACUAAGGAUACGAAGACCUUCGUCGAUAAGUGGAAAUAUAAGCAAGCAUUCAUGGAGACUCAUAAGAAACUCAAAGUGGCAAAAUUGAGGAGGAGGAACCACAGGAAAAUGCAAUCACUUAUUGAUUUCAAGAACUGGGUUGGUUUGAAUGCUUGAGAUUUGAAACUUAUCUGAUCUGAAUGCCUUAUUUCUAAAGUUUCCAGCCACGAGCUUCGGGUUCCGCUCGAAUUCGGGAAACUAAACCUGCGACAAACGUCACGAAAGUUCUUGAUAGGCUAUUUUCCAUUGAUGCUCUGUCGGGAUUUCGAUCAUCGAGCAUUGAAGCUUCUUGUAUAUCUGAGGAAAACAGUAUCUGCAGAGUGAAUUCCAUUGUAAAAGGACAGUUAUUCGAGGAAUGUCGACACGAAAACCUGCGACUUUUCGAGAGUCGAAAGACACGGGGACAUGGUUCAAAUUUUUUGUUGAUAUCAAUCCAUCUCAACUGAGCCACAACUGAUACUCUGCAUGUGAGAAGGUGAUCUCAUGAUGCAGAUUGAACGAAUAGCUGAAACAUGAAUGGCUCAGCAGUGAUUAGAUUUUCUAUGUUACUUUCAACUCAGGUAGCUUGUUGAACAUAUUCCUAUUGGUAUAUUAAGAUGAUCGAUGUAAGAGAUAAAUGCUCGAAUUUCAAAAGGGUUAUGGAUUUGUAGCCGUUCAAGCUCAUUGCUAGCA